ACCUUCAUCGGGACGAGGCUCCUAAACGGUUUUGUGAGUGGGGGCUGCUUGCUGCCUAACGUUGAGGCGUCGGUGUAUCGUUACAUCUUCUUGCUUUCCUAUUCAGCUGAAGGCCGGGGUUCACAUCACAUGCGUAAUGCAGCGCGCAACGUGAAGCCGGGUUCGUGCCGCAGCCUGCUCCUGGUACUGCAACACCAAACAACAAAAAGUGCUUCCCAGAUGCGUGUUGGAGAUUGGAUCAUGAAAUGAAAUGGAUUGUUCAAUCCUCGUCGACUUCGAGAGUUUCGAGCAGUACAUGCAACUGUUGGGAAACACCACAAACUUUGGCGUGGACUCGAUGCGGGCGUGUCAGCCCGUUAUAUGCAGAGCCAUCUGGGGCACCGGGAAUCCGGACAUUUCAGGAAUAGGGAUGUUCGUUGGGUAUAUCCUCGAAGUCGGUCUCGGUUUGGGCACGACGCUACUGUUUGUGAUCUUCCGUCACUUCGAAAGCGAUCACUGGCUUUGGCGGUCGUUCAAAAACCCUCUCGGGGACGGACCCGUCAUGGCUGUAUUCUUCGACAGCGCAGCGUACUUUGCAGCUGCAGUCGAGCUCGCCUGCAUUACCAGUCUCGUGAAACGUGACUACGGCAUCGACAGCAAUGGUUUUGGAGCCAAAGAGGCUCGAAUUACGUGGGCCGUGUCUGUUCUCGUCGCUCUCCCGCUCAUGUACCCCAUCGCAAUACUGGCAAAACAACCGCAAAGGAGCAAGCAUCGCCUAUUCCUGUUUUGCCUCGUGUUCCUUCUUUCGCUAUAUUCGAUUAUCUCACAGGCCAUACAAAAUCUAGGCCCCACGAAAAUAGGGGAAGGGGCUGCCGACGGAGGAGGGACAGUAGUGACAGAUAAAGACUGGCAGAAUAUCGAAGCAGUCUGUUUCGGUGGGGAUGCCUUAUUUUCAAGUGUUGAGAACACCGUACUGACGGCUUUGCAACUUAUCGCUUUCGGAUUCUUGCUCAUGUUGGUACUGGUGUCAAUUUUGAGGCACUGGCUGCAUAGGAGAACACCCGGCCAAGACCCAGGGGAAGACAACCGAGGCAUACAACUGCUACCCGCAGGCAAUCCCGUACUUGACCUUGUGGUUAAAGUAGGCAUAAGUCUCAAAUCCAGGAAAGGUGUCAAGGCCUUCCUUGUACUGGGCCCAACAAUUUUGGCAGUGCCGCUUCUCUGGGGUGUGUUCAGGAUGAGACAGGUCCAAAGAGCGCUCGCGAAUGCCACAGGAAACACCUACGCAGACAAUGAGUGGACUUUCGGCCAGAUCAUGUCUGUUGUGACUUUCACGCUGGUUCUAGCAGAGGUAGCCUAUUUGUGGUAUGAUGGAUUGGAUGACCGCCGAGCAGAGGCUGUGAUGACGAAUGAAACCAAGGGCAUAGGCAUCUUCGAACAGAAAACCAGCCCACCGCCACGACACCUUACAUAUUAAAAAAUAAUAUUAAAUACGCCGUAGGUGUUAACCCUCGGUACCUCUACAAGUAC